AUGUCUACUGUUCCAAAAUUCAAGAUCAAGAAGAGUCUUAACUUCAAGCGCAGGAGUUACCGCACGCAGCUGGUGUUCCGAGCCAUCAAACAAGGCGACCUAACUAUGGUGAAACAGCUAGUCAAGGAAGGCGGUUUACGGAUCAACGCACGCACAGAAAAUCGAACAUUACUUCAUUUCGUCGUUGACAGUGAUUUUUCGACCGUCGCUGUCGUCCGGCACCUGGUUCAAGCCGGCUGUCGCAUCAAUUCCGUGAACACUAGAGGCAACACCGCCUUGCACAUCGCUUUACAGUAUCACAAAUUAGGUAUCGCUCGAUACCUGAUAAAAGCCGGCGCCAAUGUCCGCGCCAAAAAUGUUGAGCGUGAAACUCCUCUGCAGUUGGCUGUGGCCAACAAGAGCCACGUUGACCUAGUAACAGAGAUGCUGCCGAACGGAGACCUGCACGCGAAGUGUAAAUUCUAUGGCUUGAUGUCGCUCCAGCUAGCGAUCGUCGGAGUGAGAUAUCGUCAUUGGAUUCGAAAACUCGUCGAGAGUUAUGGUGGCAAAUCUAUAUACGGGUCGGAACUCCGUAAAGUCGUGAAGAUGCUGCUUGAUGCUGGCGCGGACGUGAAUGCCAGGGACAUCAGCAACUCGUCGCCACUUCACUGCGCGGUCUACACGGGCGAUGUCGAGUUGGUGAAGAUUCUCAUCGAUGCCGGUGCAGACCUUAACCACCUGACUGAGACCGGAUUCGCCGUCUUACACGAUGCCGUUUUGUGCGGUAAUGAAGCAAUGGUUCGAUUGCUUCUAAGUCGCGGGUCCAGAGUUGACAUACAGGUCGAAGAUAUAGGCGACACGGCGCUGCACUGGGCCAUACGCCUCAACACCGAAGGCAGCCAUGAGAAAAUUAUAAAACACCUUAUGAAGUUUGGAAGCAACAUGUACAAAUUAAACUUGAAUGCCGAGUCGCCGUUCAAUUACGUCCUCCAAUAUGGCGACCCCAAGCUACUGAACUUCUUCAUCGACGAGUACAAGGCGGACAUCAAGAUGGUGAACGUGCCAGGCGGAAAACACCCAUUAAUGUUCGCCGCGCAAAACAAACACCAAGAAGUCAUGGACCGGGUGCUGGAUUGCGGAUUCGACGUAAACACCUGGUGCAAAAAAUUCAAUGCUUCGGCAUUGCACCUUGCAUGCUCCUUGUGUUUGCCGAAGAACGUUCGCCGACUGAUAUCCAAGGGUGCGAACGUCAAUGUCAAGAAUGGCAUACAGAGAACGCCCAUCUUCAACGCCAUAUUCGAUAUCUACGGGUCCGAGGAAGAUACGGUACCGGCUCUCUUAUUCCGCCAGGACUUCGCGGAGGAGAGAAAAGAAGUUAUGCGAAUACUGCUCCAUAACGGAGCAGAUAUUAACUAUCCUAUCAAAGUGGAAUCGUUAAACACCGAUAAAACCAUUCUCGAGAUCGCCUAUGACUUUAAAGACAUUGCGGCAUGUAAAGUGAUCAUCCAGUACGCGGCCAUGGUCGAGGUGAAAACGCGCGUGCCGCUGCUCAGUGAAUAUAAUAUACGGUUUAUCGAAAAAUAUGUUGAGAUGAAUAUGUAUUACCAAAGGUGCCUAGCCGAAGCGACGCACAUGGGAGCCACAAAAAUAGCCGAGGGUAGCUGUGUGACGUUUUUGUCAGUGCUGAUGGAGAAGCUGGACAAGGUAGCUCGUUACACCAAAAAUGACGCAAUAUUUGCUAAUUGGUUUGACGCAGUCGAACACGAUGUUUAUCCCAUUUAUGGGGACCAGCUGGACGAAAGACUUGUACAUGCUGUCGAUAGGCAGUACCGUUUUGAAGAUAUUUACGGGACAUUAUGCACGAUGCAGCGAUUCAAAGAUCUGGACGACGUGCCUUUGGAAAUAAUUUCCAAGUACCUAAUCGACGAAGACGUUAAAUUCAUUCCAAGUUGA